GUCCACUGUAUUAUGCCCCCAGCUGGACACUGAGAAAUAAAACUGGAUUUAAUUAGUGCUGAUUUCAAAGGCCAUUGAAGUUCAAUUACUUUACCACUUCAGGAUGUUUUUACAGCCGUGAUCUAAUUGUUGGUCAUCUCCGAGUUUUCACAGACUUUGAGUUAAUUAGCACAGACAGAUUGCUUGUGGUGGCAGUCACUGGAAUGGUUACUAAAAAUCUGGAGGAUCUGACAGCUUUUAUACAAACACUGAUAAUUUUAAGCUGCUUAUUUCAACAAAUAUUGAAGCUAUAAAGAAUGGUCUACACUCCUGAAGGAACUGACACUUGCCUCACCAACUCUGUCUUUGAUAUAACAGAUGCUCCAUAUUGAUUAAGAAUAGUCUGCAUGGAAACCGUGAUUUGAAGGCAGACUUAUUAGAAAUGUAAAAGAUGAUGGAAGUAGAGUGGUGGAAAAACAAGAUCUCUGGGGACAUAUUUGAAACAUUACGUACAAAGGAACAACACCUGCCUCCUUACCAUGGACACUCCCCACAGAUGUGGUUCCGCCGCCACCUCGUGGACUGGCUUGCCAUUGUGGUGGAGACAUUUUAUCUAGGUUCCACCUCACAACAUUUAGCUGUCCACUUGCUGGACUUUUUCAUGGAUAAACUAGAGGUGGACCAGAGUCAUCUUUAUCUAUUGGCAAUGGCUUGUUUAUCUAUCUCAGUGAAGUUUGAGGAGCACUGCGAUAGGACAGUAAGAUUGAGCAGUCUCAAUCAGAUGUUACCGUCUCACAGUCUCCUAGAUGUCGGAUACUCAGUCUCCGAGAUAAUGAACAUGGAGAUUACAGUGCUUAACUUUUUUGACUGGUCGCUAUCCAUCCCGACAGUAGCUCAGUUUGUGCCAUAUUUCCUAGUUGUCGCUGUGGAUGACUGUGAUUUAAUUGACGGACUUCCUCUGUCGUCAAAGUCUGCUGUGGCAGAAUGUCUUGAGAGACACACUAAGUACUUCAUGGAGAUCUCCUUACAAGACCACAUUUUCCAGGAUUAUAUACCCUCUCUGAAAGCAGCCAGUUGUAUUGCAGCAUCACGAAUUUCACUACGACUAACACCAACAUGGCCCCAGCAGCUUCAGCUAAUGACAGACUACUUCCUGGAGGAAUUGUUACCCUGCGUCAAUGUCAUGCUCAGAUUCCAGAAGAAAGACCGGCAGCUUUCUCAGUGUAUGUCUGCUGUGGCCCCCCAGUUUACAAUGGUGACCCCUCAGUAUCUCUCAGACAAUACUGCAGGUCACCACCGCAGUGCUCAUUGUUACCCCACAACCUAUGUUAACCCCCAAGUUAUGGUAUACCCAGAGAGGAAAUCACAGCUCACCAUGUGCAGGGGGUCCUGACAGAAGAUGGAUUUCAAAUGUUACAUUCCAUAGUGCCAUAUUGGUUUCCCGCAGUGCUAGGAUGGAGUAGCUUCCCUUGAGAUUUGGUGCCAUUUUUACCUGACUGUGUUCAUGUUCCAUACUUUGAUACAUUGAUUUUACAGAUUCUGAAGUAUUGAUAUAUUGUAACGCCAUUUCACUCAUGUUAUUUACCGUUCAUUUUCCUCUAUUUUUUGGUGUGCAAAUUUUACUCAUCACUUUGUUGAGAAAGUGUGUGAAUGAAAUUAAUUUAAAACAUAUAUUUUGAAAUGAAAGGUUGAAUCGAAUUAAAUUUUGACAAUUUAAACUGAAUCAUUGUCACAAUAUUGCUACAUAUAUAUAUAUAUCUUUUAAUUCGUAUGCCUCAAAUCUCUUCUGAAUUGCAGUGGCAAUGUCCUAAUGCCUGAAUGAAUAAGUGAAUCUUUUUCAUGCAAUUUCUGAAACUGUGUUUACAAACGCAGUGCGCUGAGACAUUUCCUUGUCACUUUACUAAUUAUAUUACAGUUUUUUGAGUAUUAAAACUAAUUAACACACCAAAUAUAAGCUUACACUAUAAAAUCAAAAUGAAAAUCCAAAACACAAACUCUGUCUUGAGAUCCAUGCAGGACUGACAUUGUAAAAAAUUGUAUUCUGUCAUAUUCUUGUGUAUAUAUGUUCAGUAUUUUGUUUUACAUGCUAUAUAAUAUAUAUUGGGUGGUAAAAUCGCAGGCAACUGACAUUACUUAUUUUUCUCUUAAUAAAGAAAUAUACCCCCUACUUAAUAAUUAGGUAGGGGGUAUAUUUUUUUAUUAAAAGAAAAAUAAGUAACGUCAGGUGCCUGUGGGUAAGAUAUAUUAUAUAGCUGACAUAAUGUGUUCAUGUUUAAAUACAAGUAAUACUGAUCUUUGAAUCAUCCAUUUUAUUGUACAGCACUGAUAUCAAUUACCUUGUGUGUACCAUUGAUUCUUAAGGAAAAGGUUCCCAGACUUCAUGUUAAUUCAUACAAAUAUUGUCUGAAACUUUUUAAAAACAAUGAAUUUACAAUACAUAAUUUUUGAAAUGGAAGAGGGUAUAACAUAUUGUCUUUUGUUUAUGCUGUAAUGAGAUUUACCAGUACAAAUUUAACUUCAGGGAUAAGAAAAAAUUCUGUGAUCUUUUUUUCCAUUUUGUGUCAAUUUCUCAUGAUAUUCAAUUGUUGAAAGUGCCUUAAAUGUUUGUUGAAAUAAAAUAACAGUUUUUAACCGAGAUCUCUGGUUUGAUGUUUGUUACCUUUCCAUCUUAAUAUGUUUUGAGAGGAUUAUGUGUUUGGUAAUUAGUUUUUUGCUGGAUGAAAUAGUUAUAAGGAAGAUGCAUUCUUGAAAAAACACCCAAGAUAAAAUGUACAAUUUAUUAAGGUGCAUUGACUCUCUGAAAAGAAAGAUAACUCCUGCUGGAAUUAAAUGGUACCCUUAAAAAUUGUCAAAUUAAGGUACCAUAUUUGUAAAAUUGUGAACUGAAGGGUAUGCU